UCUCUCACUCAUUCAAAUAUACGUGCGCGUAUAUAAGAUAUGCGCACGGAUUCGUUCCAAUACAGUUCUCUCCAUUCAGCUCCUCCGAUCGCCGGGGCAUUCCGAUCUCCGGCGAUCCAUGAUCGCCUCUCCAACUCGCCGCAUUGUCUUCCGGCGCGGUUCUGCAAUAGAUACGUUUUUCACUUCUAUUGCAUAAUCGUUAAAUCGUUUCUAGAUUUAUUAUCUUAUGGAUCCAUCUCUAGCUUUCGUUUUUCCGAUUUGCGAAAACCUAGAUAUGUAGAAUAUAGUUUUCCUUAUUCACAUAUACACACACAUAUAUAUAUACAUAUAUAUAUAUAUAUAUAUAUCUUUGUGUAUGUAUAUGCAUACAUACGCCGAGAUGUUGCACAGGAUAAUCAAGAGAGGCCACCGCAAGGUGGCGAAAUCCGAUGUUGAUUUUGCCCAUCCGCCACCGGGGCGGAGCUCCGGCACCGACCUCGUCGUGUGCCACGCCUCCCGCGGCGUCGCGCUGCCAAAUUUACCCCAGCAGCCGCAAAUGCCUGCUGCCGCUGCGCCGGAGCGGUCGCCUCUCGGCACAAUUGAAAAUCUACCGACGUUUCGAGAUGCUGUGGCUGUGGAUCGUCAGGAUUUGUUUCUGCGGAAGCUGAAGAUAUGCUGUGUGCAAUUUGAUUUCUCCGACACUCUGAAAAUGGCGAAGGAGAAGGAUAUUAAGCGGCAGACUUUGAUUGAGCUCGUGGAAUUUAUUCAAUCCGGUUCUAGCAAAAUCACGGAGACAAAUCAAGGAGAAUUGGUUAAGAUGAUUUCGACCAACAUUUUCCGUUGCCUGCCCCCUGCCUCCCACGAAAGCACAGGUUGUGAGAAUGCCGAGGCCGAAGAGGAGAAUCCCUUUUUCGAUCCUUCUUGGCCGCAUCUGCAUCUCGUUUAUGAACUGCUAUUGCGGUAUGUGGUCGCAUCGGAUACAGAUACGAAGACUGCCAAGCGCUACAUCGAUCAUUUCUUUGUUAUGAAGUUGCUUGAUUUGUUUGAUUCCGAUGAUCCGAGGGAGAGGGAGUGUGUGAAGACUAUUCUGCAUAGGAUAUAUGGGAAGUUUAUGGUUCAUAGGCCAUUUAUUAGGAAGGCGAUAAACAAUAUAUUCUAUAGAUUCAUGUAUGAGGCAGGAAGGCAGAAUGGGAUCGCGGAGCUGCUAGAGAUACUUGGGAGCAUCAUCAAUGGUUUUGCAUUGCCAAUGAAGGAGGAGCACAAGGUGUUUCUUGCACGAGUUUUGAUACCGCUCCAUAAACCGAAGGUGCUAGGGACGUAUCACAGCCAGCUAUCGUAUUGUGUUACACAGUUCGUGGAUAAGGAUUACAGAUUGGCGGAUACCAUUAUUAUGGGCCUAUUGAAGUAUUGGCCGGUCAUCGAUUCGCAAAAGGAGGUUCUUUUUGUUGGGGAACUUGAGGAAGUGUUGGAUGGGACGAACGCCGUGGAGUUUCAACGCUGCAUGGUUCCUCUGUUCAGACAGAUUGCUCGUUGCAUCAAUAGCCCUCAGUUUCAGGUUGCAGAACGAGCUCUUUUCCUAUGGAACAAUGACCACAUUGUGGAACUGAUUGCCCAGAAUCGAAGUGUUAUCUUGCCAAUCCUUUUUGAUGCUUUGCAGAAGAAUACGCAGUAUCAUUGGAACCAGACGGUACACAGCUUAAGUCUUAAUGUUCGGAAAACAUUCAUGGAGAUGGAUGGCGAUCUAUUUGAAGAGUGCCGGAAGCAGUACAAGGAGAGGAAAGCCAAGUGCAGAGAGCUGGAGGAACAACGAGAACUAACAUGGCAACGACUAGCAGCAGCAGCUGCUGCUGCUGCUGAGUGCUGAAGGAGGAUGAAGGAACAUGUUCUUCGCCUCCUGAUUAAUCUUCAACAAGAUUGGAUUGGUAAAUCUUUUGGAAUCAUUUCCUCAGUCUCAAAUCUCCAAGGUACAUAAUUUUGUAUUCACUUAUUUUUUUCUGCUGUUACUUUGCCUUGUUACUGGCAAAGCAAAUGGCAGUGUAAUUAUAUAGAUGUGCGUUUAUAUUUGUAUUAUGUGCUGCAUAUUAGAGGUUUGUGACUUUUAUUUGUUUUUGUACCAAUCAAAUCAAUUGCACCAUUAUGAGAAAUUUCUCUCAUAUCUUCAA